GCAAUCAAGCAAGCGAGUAAGGAAGGGAGAAAGGGAGAAAGGGAGAAAGAGAGAAAGGGAGAAAGCCAUUCAAGCUUUCACGACUUUGGCACCUGAUCUAGUCUCCAAGGAAAGCAGUUAGCUAUGGUGAACCGAGCAGCUCAGGAUGCGGACUAUUACAAGAGUCUUCUUCCGUCGCAGUUGGUGGCAGAGCGGGGUGAGGAGAUUGUCGUCAUUAAUCCUGGUUCUGCGAAUCUGCGGCUGGGAUUGGCAUCAUGUCAAAGCGGGCCGGUGCAGGUAGCACACUAUAUUGCGCGCUACUGUCCUCGACUGAUCAGCAAAGACCAGAUCGAUGGACCAGCCAACUUGCUUAUCAAACCCAAUGGAGAUCCGUUGAGGGGGUUACGUAAUGACUUUUUCCAGAAGAACCCAAUCACAACAUCAAGGGAGUUAGCCAGAGAAGCAGCAUUGAAUGAGGCUGAGCAAUCGCUGCAGAUGCAACCAACUGCUCCAAGAAGCCCUGCCACCAACAAGGAGGACAUACCAGGAAUUCUCGGAUGGCCAGGGGCAGAAGUAGAAUGUGCUUGGAAGCCGGUAGUGAUUUUCCAGCAACUUGGUGAAGCCCUGGCAUUGGAGGAUUCCCAGGAAGAGAAGAAUGAAUCCAAUGGUAGUAGUGACAAAAGUGGAGACUCCCCUGAAAACUCCCCUAGAGGUUCUAGAGGAGUGCGUGGCAGCAGUGACGAAAAGCCAAAUGAUGACGGUGAUGGUGAAGAAGGGGAAGGGGACGAACUUGGUAAAGAUAAGGAGGAGAAACAGUUGCAGGAGAAGAAACUGCGCACUGAGAGCGGGAGUAAAGGCCGCGCAGCUGCAGAGGCGAACGAAGAAAUGAGUGACAGAGUAUCGGAGAAAAAGGAGGGUGAGAAGCGAAAGUACAGAAAGUUUGUUUGUGGAGACGAGGCAUUACGGAUAUCUGCGCUAGAGCCAUAUGUUCUCAGGCGUCCAAUUCUUUGUGGAAGGAUGAACAUCUCCCAGAAGUACUCGAUUCAGCAGGUUUGUGACGACCUGUCUACGAUCUGGGACUGGGCCCUUUCUGAGAGACUCGGGUUGAAGGCAGUACACAGACAGGAACUCUCUGUUGUCUUGGUGGUACCUGACACACUUGACAAUCGAGAGGUGAAAGAGAUGGUGGGAGUAGUUCUUCGGGACUUGGAAUUUCAGUCGGUCGUUAUCCAUCAGGAGUCCCUUGCUGCAACAUUUGGGAAUGGCAUUCCGUCAGCAUGUGUUGUUAAUAUUGGAGCGCAGGUGACUUCAAUCGUUUGUGUGGAGGAUGGUGUCGUUAUGCCCACUUCGCGUAUCAUGUUGCCAUUCGGCGGAGAGGAUGUUUCCAGGUGUCUCCUGUGGCUGCAAGAGAGAGCUGGAUCUUGGCCGUACACGGGCUGCGAUCCUUUAUGUGACAUCCACGAUCAAGAGUUGAUUGAUCAUCUGAAAAUUUCAUAUUGUCAAUUCCUGGACGAGGAGCAGGAGGAGACGGCAGAGGUCAGGGUUCGCAGAGCAGGAGAGCCUACCAGAGUGUACCACAUUGAUUACGAGGAUGUGCUUGAUGAGGCCCCUGCUGCAGACCCGAUAAGAGAAUUCACCAAGAAGGGAAUUGACGGGGCAGAUGCGAGUGGAGGUGGGGGACCACAGAGUGGCAACCUCAGCGGUGCAACAGCUGGUACAAAUGCACAGGUGGAGGGUGAAGAAGCAGAAGAGAAACAGUUUGGCAGAAAAGGAGGAGAGAUGGCUGUAUUGGGGCUGCAUCAGGCUAUAGUGACCAGCAUCCUUCGAUCAGAUCGCGAGGAUCUGCAAAAGAAGCUCUUCACCAGCAUUCAGGUGGUUGGUGGUUGCGCGCGCACACCCGGCCUCAUCGAUGUUCUAGAAGAUAGGCGAGCCACUUACAAAUCCACCAAGGCGGCGAGGGGGAAUGGAUGGAGAGAUUUGGGUUCCGCAGUGAAAUGCCCGAUGAGGGAGAAGCAGGAAUUUGAAGCAAGGCUGGAGAAGGUCGAACCUGAGGAGAGAGGGUUAUUAUUUGCAGAGAGGGAUAACCUCCUCCAUCAGCGGUUGUUAAGUCAAAAGAGGCGGGAGUUUGAAGAAAAGAAAAAGUUGAGGGAGGAGGGAGAAGCGCUCCAGCGAAGGUUGAAAGAGCAGAGGGGCAAGGAGACUGACACAAAGGAGGUUUUGACGCUCGUGACCGACGCCCUGCUGCACACCGCCCAGGAACUGACCGCACUGCAGAAGACUAUAGGGAAAUUGGAACGACACCAAGAAAAAUUUAAGGAUACGUGGAACGAUUUCCUCUACGCAUCCACUCACCGGAUUGACGAUAGGACCGCCAAUUAUGCUCAGCAGUUAGAAGACAUCUUCACCAACAAGCUUGUGAACACCAUCGCAGCAGUAAAGAUAGGCGGCGGUGGUGGAGGAGGAGAUGGUGGAGAUCCGGGAGAUGAUGGAAAAGGAGGAGGAGAUCAAAAAGGAGAUGUGAACCGGAAGGGGAAUGAACAGCGAACUGAAGGAGGAGAAAGGAGGGAGAAGAUGGAAGGGGACGCUGCCAACUUCGCCUUAUCCUCGAUGAAGGCAGCGGGUUGCUCGUCGAUGGUAGAGUAUUCCCAACGCAACCGCAUAGAGGACUUUAUGAAAGCUCUCAAGGAAAGGUUCGAGGACAAGAACCUGGCCCGGCGUACAGAGUACUUGAUUCUCAACAUCGGUAAUCACAGGUGGACGAGUGUGUCCGCUUUGAAGUCCACAUUGGACGAGCUGCAGUGUCCCGAGCACGGGUUGACUCCCACGCAGAUUCUGAACAACUUUGCAAGGGCACUUCCCGAUCCUUUGAAGUCCCAAUUGUACGCCCAGACAAAGGAAGAGGGCAUGACGUAUGAAAAGUUCAGCAAGAUUGCUGUAGACCAGGCCGGUUUCCUUCAAGAAGCAAAUUACUGUCAUUAUUGGAAGGAUUUGCAGAAAGGGAACCGAUGGAAGAACAAGACCAUAUCCGGUAACAUCGAGGAGAAGGACGGGCUUCUAGUUACAUUUGAGGAGGGGGGAGUGGAGGCUCUACCCUACGAAAACAUAGAUUACGGACUGGAAGACCCGGACAGCAACCAAUUAGCCCAGGGAGGGGACUAUGCGGUUGUUGCAGCCCGCGGGGGAGGGCGACAAGGAGGUAGAGGAGGUCGAGGUAGAGGAGGCCGAGGAAGAGGUGGAGGUAGAGGACGCGGCACCCAGGGGAGUAGUAGCGAAGGUAGCUACUACGUGCGAGGUAGGGGUAAUGGUUCCCCGCAAGGUGGACGUGGUUCUCCCUUCACAGGAGGAAGAGGUAGAGGGCGCAAGCCAUGGCCAGCCCAUCCCGGGAUUGCUGAUGGCGAGGCCUGGACGGAGAUGGGCAUUGACCAGACAGUGUGGCAGAAAAGGCUGAACGCCAAUCAAUGCUUGAAAUGUGGCAUUGGUGAUGAGGUGAUCACUCGUCGCCCUGCCUGGGCUGAAAUGAAGAAGAGAAGAGGACAACUAAUUUUGGGAGAUGUAGAGAUUAGUCGGACGCGAGUAGGAGCCUUAGUGGAUAGUGGCUCUACGCGUAGUUUUAUUAGUAGAAGAGGACUGAAGAAGUUGCACUUAGGAAUGAAGGUGCAAAAGUUGAGCGAGCCGGUAGUGAGUAGACUGGCCGAUAAUCGUGAGAUGCGUGUGGAGGAAUAUGUCGAGGGGAUCAAGGCAUACUUCCGGUUAGAGGAGGGAAGGAAAGUAGAGAAGGUUUUGCAUUCCCUCACCCUCUUAGUGGAAGACAACCUUCCCUUUGACUUGAUUUUAGGGACAGACUGGGGAGAAUCAACCAUGGCAGAUGUCAAGAUGGGUGAGCACAAGUGCUGGCUGCCCAGCCCCACCAGGGGCAAGAAAAAGAUGAGGCUGUUCCAUGAGUCCGGUCUAGAGUCCCACUUAUCUGUUUGCUGUAUGAGUGCCCCUGCGUUCGCCCGACACGUGACAAAGGAAAAGUUGGAAGAUCAGGUGUUUGUGGCCUAUGUGAAACCGGUGAGUGAAGAGAGUAAGGGUGAAGACAAGACGCCGCCCCAAGUGGAGAACCUGCUGCGAGAGUUUGCUGAUGUCAAAGCAGCCCCAACCGGAGUAGUAGAGCGGGACGUCAAGCACCGGAUUGAAAUAGAGCCCGGUAGCAAGAUUCCCAGGGGCCCAGUUUAUAGAAUGUCUCCCAAGGAACUGGAUGAACUGCGCAGGCAACUAGAUGAGCUGAUUGAGAAGGGGUGGAUAAAGCCCAGUUCGUCACCAUACGGUGCACCGGUUCUAUUCGUGCCGAAGAAAGAGGGUGAACUGCGGUUGUGCAUUGAUUACCGGGGAUUGAAUGCUAUCACGGUCAAGAAUGCUGAACCAUUGCCCCGGAUUGAUGACCUCUUAGACAGGGUGCAGGGAUGUAAGUAUUUCUCCAAGAUAGAUCUGAAGUCCGGGUACCACCAGGUCGAGGUACAGCCGGAGGACCAGCACAAGACGGCCUUUAGGACUCGCUAUGGUCACUACGAGUUUGUUCUGAUGCCGUUUGGGUUGACCAAUGCUUCUGCAACAUUCCAAAGAUGCAUGAAUGAUCUGUUUAGAGAUUGGUUGGAUAAGUUUGUUGUAGUUUAUUUAGAUGAUAUUCUGAUCUUUAGCAAGAGCUUGGAGGAGCAUCAGAAUCAUCUACAUCAGAUAUUGACCAAAUUGCGUGAGUCUAAUUUUAAGAUUAACCCGAAGAAGUGUGAGUGGGCCAAGCGUCAAGUCCUGUAUUUGGGACACGUGGUAGAUGGAGAUGGAGUGAGACCGGAGGACGCCAAGAUAGCAGCAAUUCGUGACUGGCCAACCGUGCACACGUUGACUGAGUUGCGGUCGUUCUUAGGACUGGCCAACUACUACCGGAAGUUCGUUCGUAACUUCACUUCCGUUGCUGCUCCUUUGCGUCGGCUGCUGCGAAUGGAAACUGUUUGGAAUUGGGACAAGGACUGUACAUCAGCCUUCAAGAAGUUGAAAAAGUCCCUUAUCAAGUACCCGGUCCUUAAAGUAGCUGAUCCAUCCUUACCGUUUGUUGUAACUACCGAUGCUAGCCAGUACGGCAUUGGCGCUGUUCUCCAACAGAAUGAUGGAGAUGGGUACAGGCCCGUUGAGUUUAUGUCUUGCAGGCUCCCURGUGAGAAGGUAGCAGCAUCAACUUAUGAGCGUGAGCUCUUCGCCCUCAGACAGGCUUUAGACCRUUGGCGACACUACSUGCUAGGAYGACACUUCAAGGUAUACUCAGAUCAUGAAACUCUGCGUUSGUUGAAGACCCAGGCCCGCAUGACUCYUAAGUUGACUAGGUGGGCUGGGGAGAUURAUCAGUUUGAUUUUGAGUUGAAACMAGUCAAGGGUAAGUACAAUGUCGUUGCUGAUGCAUUGAGCAGACGUGCAGAUUUCUWUGGUGCAAUAGUGACUUACCUAGACGYUGGCSCAGAUCUGCAGCAAAAGAUCAAGGCUGCAUACACUGAUGAUCMYGUGUAUARUACRCUGAUAAAGAAGGUGCAGACCACACCUYAGGAAGUCGCUGAUUUCAGAAUGGUCGAUGGACUGCUGUUUGAAAAGACUGAUGUGCAUGAUAGGCUCUGCAUACCGUGUAAUGAAGAGGUACGCAGUCUGAUCCUAGGGGAAUGCCACGAUACUGAAGGCCACUUUGGCUGGCGGAAGACCUAUGCUACCCUACUAAGGUCCUACACGUGGCCAGGCAUGAAACAUGAUUGUAUCACCUACAUCCAAGGCUGCCAAGUAUGUCAGAGGAACAAGAGUUCCACGCRGCCUCCCCUCGGACUGUUGAAACCCUUGCCUAUCCCAUCUGGUCCCGGUGAAUCUGUAUCUAUAGAUUUCAUGGACACUAAGGUCAAGAGUCGUAGUGGGAAGAGUCAGGUCAUGGUCGUAGUUGACAGGUUUAGUAAAUUCGCCGUUUUUGUACCAUUAUCUGCUGAAGCAAAGACAGAUCUGGUCAUCAAAGAGUUCUUUAAUCAUUGGGUCAAGGAUUACGGUCACCCGUUGAGCAUAGUUAGUGACCGAGAUACCCGGUUCACAGGGGAACAGUGGCAGCAGUUAAUGAAGGUCUACGGAUCUAAGUUAGCUAUGUCAUCUGGUCGCCACCCUGAGACAAAUGGCCAGACCGAGCAGAUGAACAAGAUUCUACAGCAAGUACUGUGUAUGUACAUUAGACCAGAUCAGGCGAACAAGCACCGUCGCCCGUCACAGUUUGGGAUAGGUGAUCUUGUCUGGGUCAAGUCUAAAGAGUUUAUUCCCGAGGAAGGGAUUUCGCAGAAGUUGCUACCUGCCUACAGAGGGCCGUGGCAAGUGCUAGAUGUCAAAGGUGACGCAGAUGGACCGUCAUACACCAUCAAGAUGCCACCCCAUUUGCACACCUAUCCCGUUUUUCACGCUUCUAAGCUCCUUCCCUGUGUGACUAAUGAUGUAUUUCCCUCGCGCAGAUCUAUGAUUCCACCUGAUAUGGAUGGAAGAUAUGAUGUCGAGAAGAUUGUAGCUGAGGACACCUUCCGUACAGGUCGUAGAGGGAGGCCGCAGAGACAAUACAAGGUCAGAUUUGCUUAUCAGGAUCCCAGCGAAGAUCGCUGGUUCACCAGGGAUGAGGUUCUUCACUCCAUUCCUGUAGAUGUGUCCGUGGAUACCGUGGAGGUCCUUCCGUUCAAGUGCAAUGCGCAGACUGUUGUCUGGAAAGGAGGAGCGAUCCAGUCCAGGUUCUUUUAGUAUCAGGCCUCCAUCAGGACUACAUUCAAUCGAUCAGUUCCAGGAUUGGAAGCCAAGAAAGUGUCAGGAGACUAUGGCAAGUCAACGGGGAUCAGCAUCAGGAUAGGGGUGGGGUUUUCUGAGCAGAGGUUAAGUGGGGGGGUUCUGGUUUAGAGGGGUCAGGCUUGCAAAGAUAGGGAAGUUAGGCCCAAAACCGAAGGCAGUGUUUGCACCACGGGACAUGAUUUUGCACCUAGGCUUGGAGUGCAGCUGGCUGGUGUGUGAACCAGGUUGAGUCCUGAGAGUUAUGUUUAACAUGCAGUUGGGGGAGUGAGGUCUGUGUGCUGGCCCUAGCUCAGUUGAUGCACCCAUGUACUGUUGAAAAAUGAAAUACAGACCUGAUG